GCGGCCCCUUCAUGGACAGGAACUACCCGAGCGCCGGCUUCGGGGACCCGCUCGGCGCCGGGGCGGGAUGGAGCUACGAAAGAUCAGCGAAAGCUAGCUUGGUAUAUGGCGGCUCCAGGACUUCCCACCCGGAGACAGACAUCUUACACCGCCAGGCUUAUGCAGCCCCUCACCCACUUCAGGGGUAUGCCACCAAUCAUCACCCUGCAGGGCUCUCUGGCUUGUUUGACACGGGCCUCCACCAUGCUGGUUCAGCUGGCCCAGACGCCUCUGUCAUGAAUCUCAUCUCUGCCCUGGAGUCCCGGGCCCCCCAGCCAGGCCCGUCUGCUUCCUCUCUCCUGUCCCAGUUCCGAAGUCCAUCCUGGCAGACAGCCAUGCACACACCUGGCCCCACGGAGCUGUUCAUCUCGGGAGCCUUGCCCGGCUCGGGGACAUUCCCAUCCUCCUCAGCUCUGUCUGCCUACCAGCACCCAGCCUCAUUUGGGGGCCGCCCCUUCCCGGUGCCAUCGUCCCUAAGCCUCCAGGACCCACCCUUCAGCCCACCAGCCAAUGGGCUCCUGUCUCCACAUGACGUCUUGCACCUGAAGCCUUCCCAGGCCCCAACUGUGCCCUCCUCGCUGGGCUUCGAGAGGCUGGCAGGGAGUGGUGUCCUGGGGCCUGCCAGCCUGGGGCCCGCUCAGACUCCUCCCUAUCGCACGGGACCUCCUGAGCCUCCCCCACCUCCCCGCCAUCUCCCUGCUCAGUUUAACCUCCUGGCCUCCUCCUCUUCAGAGCAGUCCUCUCCCCAGCUGUACAACUUCUCUGGGGCUGCCCCACCUGGGCCCCCACCUGAGCGGGCCUUGCCCAGGCAAGACAGCGUCAUCAAGCACUACCAGAGGCCAGCCAGUGCCCAACCCCCGCCCCCGCCUCCCCCACCCCCGCCGACCCACUCCCUACAGCACUAUCUGAGCUGUGGUGGCAGCUACCCACCCCCAGCCAUGGGCCACCGGGCCAGCCUGGCCUGUAGUCCUCUAGGUGGGGAGCCUUCUCCUGGAGCUGGGGAGGCAGCUAAGGCAGGGCAGGGGGCUGGCACAGGGGGCACAGGGGCUGGGGGCCGGGCAGCAGGUCCAGAGGCUGGGCCAGGGACAGGGGGGCAGGGGGCUGGUGCGGCAGGGGGUGGCUACCGCCCCAUCAUUCAGUCCCCUGGGUACAAGGCAGCCAAGGGGGGUUAUGGGGCAGGGGCAGGAACGGCGAGGCCCCCCCCAUCCCGCUCCACAGCCACACCUAAGUGCCAGAGCCUGGGGGGUGGGGGCUAUGCUACUGGGACUGGGAAGCCCAGUGGGGCAGGCAGUGGUGGGGGGCAAGCUUACUCCCCAGGCCAGCCCCAGGGCCUCCUGGGUCCCCAGGCUUACAGCCAGGGUUUUGGUGCCACCCAGGCCCAAGACCUAAGUAAGGGACCUGGCUAUACAGCAGGGCCUCCCCAGGCUCAGCCUGGUGGGCCCCCCCAGCAACCUCCUCCCAGCCUGACCACCUGCCAAAGCUACUCACCUGACCAGCUCCAGAGCCUUCCUUAUGGGGUGCAGAGUGAAGGUUACCCUGGCCCUGCCCCUCACUCCCAGGGCCUGCCCACAGCCAGCCCUUCACUCAGCUAUAGCACGGGCCACUCUCCAGCCCUGUCAGGCCAUGGUGGGGCCUGGGGCCACACACCAGCCUCCUUAGGCGGUGGUGGGGGUGGGGAAGCUAGUCCCUCCCACAUCAUUCGACCAUUGCAGUCACCACCAGCCACUGGGGGAGGGCGGCCCCCAGGGGUGGCCAGCCCUGGGGCCCCUGGAAAGUAUCUGAGUUCAGUGUUGGCCUCUCCGACCUUCCUGGGCCCCCCUGGUGGGGGUGGUGGCUACCCAGGGGCAGGGGGUGCUGGGGGCUAUAAGGGCAAAGGAGAUGGGGGAGAGCUGCUGGGGGGGCCCGGGAGUGGGGGGACAGGGCAGCGCACUGAAGAUGAGGACUUCCUCAUCCAGCACUUGCUCCAGGCCCCCAGCCCGCCCCGGGGCUCAGGUCCUGAUGGGCUAGUGGGAGAGUGUGAGGAGCAGAGAGGCAGUGAGGGGCCUGGCAGUGGGAAUGGCCCCAAGGCCACCGCAGCCUAUGACCUGGCCAAGGAGGAACAGCAGCGCUACCACCUGCAGAGCGUGAUCCGGACGAGUGCCAGCCUGGACGAUGGGGCCGCUUUGGAGCUGGGGCUGGGGCGGCUGAAGGACAAGAAGAAGUCUGCCAGCAGUGAGCGGGGCACCCCAGAAGCCCUGGCCACCUCAGUGGUCCACUAUGGGGCAGGGGCCAAGGACCUGGGAGCCUACCUGCAGAAGACUCCGCCCCCGCCUGCCCCAGCUCCCCCUCCACCCUCCCACCACAACCUACUCUUGGAGGGUGCCCCUGAGCUUCCUCUUGUCUUGCCUCCCCCUCCGCCUCCACCUCCACCCCAGCUCCUGCCUUCAGUGCUGAGCCAUGCGCCCAGCCCCCCAGCUCCCCCCCCUGCUCCUCCACCUCGCAAAGUUGGGGUACAUCUCCUAGAGCCCAGCCCUCGAGACACUGGACCUCUCCAACUGGAGGCCCACCUGCGGGGGCCCCCUGGCCUCGAAGCUUCUCCCAGCCCCCGGCUGCGUGCUGAUGAGGGACUGGAGGCCCCUGGGGCCAUGCAGGACCUGCUGGGUGCCCUGGAGCCCCUGCCUGCACCCCCUGCCGAGGCGGGUGGCCCUCAGCCUGGGGAGGCCAAGGACCCAGCAGGAGCCUACCGGAGCCCCAGCCCACAGGGGCCCAAGGCUCCUCGCUUUGUGCCCUUGACGUCCAUCUGCUUCCCUGAUUCGCUGCUGCAGGAUGAGGAACGGAGCUUCUUCCCCACAAUGGAGGAGAUGUUUGGUGGAGGAACCAAUGAUGAUUACCCCAAGGCAGGGCCUCCAGAGGAUGAGGCUGACCCCAAGGGCAGUGGCAGCGGAGCUGCCCCUCCAGGUCCUCCGGCCUAUGAUCCUUAUGGUCCCUACUGCCCUGGUGGACCAACAAGUGGGGGCCCUGAGCCACCUGGGCUGAGCUUGGACCCUGGCAAAACCCCUGUUGAGCUGCCAUCCACAGUUAACACGGAACCCUUGGGCCUGAUCCAGGCUGGCCAGCACCAGCCACCGCCACCACCCCCGCCACCCCCACCUCCACCCCCAGAACCUAAGGGCGGCCUUACCUCACCCAUCUUUUGCUCAUCCAAGCCCAAGAAGCUGCUGAAGACCUCAUCCUUCCACCUGCUGCGGCGGCGGGACCCUCCCUUCCAGACUCCCAAGAAGCUGUAUGCCCAGGAGUAUGAGUUUGAGGCUGAUGAGGACAAGGCCGACGUGCCUGCUGACAUACGCCUCAACUCUCGCCGCCUCCCGGACCUGCUGCCAGACCUUGUGUCUAGCUGCCGAUCACGCCCGGCCCUUUCACCCCUGGGGGACAUUGACUUCUGCCCGCCAGCCCCUGGCCCUACUGGGCCCCGUCGUCGGGGAAGGAAGCCCACUAAAGCCAAACGGGAUGGCCCACCUCGGCCCAGGGGACGGCCCCGCAUCCGGCCUUUGGCUGAACCUCCUCCUGGGCCCCAGCUGGGUCCCCAUGCCCCUGGCCCCCAGGCAGAUGGAGCCAGGAAGCCCCGAGGUCGGGGCCGGGGCCGGGGGAGAAAGGCAGAUGAGCCCAACACAGAGGGGCUGGAGCCCCUGAAGCCACUCAAGAUCAAACUGGCCGUGCCCAAAGUGGGUGAGGGUGGUGGCCCUGUGGUGGGCGAGCCAGCAUCUUCUGGCCCCAUGGACAGUGGCCUGGACUCUAGCCAGACCCGGGAGAAGAUCCAGGCAAAGAUCAAGGAGGUGGAAGAAAAGCAGCCGGAGAUGAAGUCGGGCUUCAUGGCCUCUUUCCUGGAUUUCCUGAAAUCGGGCAAACGGCAGCAGCUGCCCUCGGGCUCGGGGCCGCCCCCCAGCCCCUCCAAGGCAGGGCCUACUCGGACUCUGGGGCCUCCUCCAGCAGUGGCCCCCCCACCUCCACCCCCACCCCCUGCCCCCACCUUUGGGCUUGGUGGGGCCCUAGAGGCUGCAGAGAGCGACGGCCUGGGCCUUGGCUGCCCCUCGCCCUGCAAGCGACUGGACGAGGAACUGAAGCGGAACCUGGAGACCCUGCCCUCCUUCUCCUCGGAUGAGGAGGACUCGGUGGCCAAGAACCGGGACCUGCAGGAGAGCAUCUCCUCUGCCAUCUCGGCCCUGGACGAUCCGCCUGCCCCCAAAGAAGCUGGUCCGGCUGCCACCCCCGCCGCAGCCUCCAGCCCUGAGGCCCCCAUCCUGGAAGAGAAGCCGCCCCCAUCACCUGCUCCAUCGUCUCCUCCCUCACCUCCUUCGCCCCCACCCUUGGUGCCGCCAGAGCCCACCUCCUCCUCCCCACUCCCUCCACCUCCGCCGCCUCCGCCUCCUGCCAUCCCAGCUGUGCCAAUGGCACUGCUCUCUCCGCCAGAGGUGCCAACCCUGGUCUCGGCCCCCGCCCCGUCCCCCGAGGAGCCAGAGCCCCCUGAUGCCAGGCCCUUGCACUUAGCCAAGAAGCAGGAGACAGCGGCUGUUUGUGGAGAGACUGAUGAUGAAGCGGGGGAGAGUGGAGGCGAGGGCAUCUUCCGAGAGAGGGACGAGUUUGUCAUCCGGGCAGAGGACAUUCCAGCUCUCAAGCUGGCCCUGCAGACAGGCCGGGAACCACCCCCCAUCUGGAGGGUUCAGAAGGCUCUUCUCCAGAAGUUCACCCCAGAGAUCAAGGAUGGACAGAGGCAGUUCUGUGCUACUAGCAACUACUUGGGUUAUUUUGGUGAUGCCAAGAACCGAUACCAGCGACUCUACGUGAAGUUUCUGGAGAACGUGAAUAAGAAGGAUUAUGUGAGAGUGUGUGCACGAAAGCCUUGGCAUCGGCCCCCAGUCCCUGUCAGGCGUCCAGGACAGCCAAAGGCUGCUCCAGCAUCAUCUGGGACAACAGCCCCAGGGGGUGGGGUGUCCCUUCCCAAGCCCCCAGCUCCCCCUUCAAAGCCAGAGCCCUCUGAGAAAGCUCCUGAGAAGCCCCCUGAGAAGGCCCCUGAGAAGCCCCCUGAGAACCCGCCUGAGAAGGUCCCGGAGAAGGUCCCGGAGAAGUCCCCAGAGAAGUCCCCGGAGCCAGCCCCAGAGAAACCACCUCCUUCAGCACGAGCUCCCGACAAGGAGCGCGCCCUGCGGUCUGAGAGGGCCACACGAGGGGAUCGGGGGCCCCGCCCUGGCCCUCCUACAGCAGAGGCAGCCCCGGCCAGGCCUCCACGCCCUCCAAAGGCCAGGCCAGCCAAGGUGAAGGCCGAGCCUCCCCCAAAGAAGAGGAAGAAAUGGCUGAAGGAGGCGAGUGAACGUUCAGCCGCGACCAGAGGCAGCUCCUCCGAAUCCGAGUCCUCCCCCGGGCCCCCCAGUGAGGAUGAACGGGCGGCCCCUGGGCGGCUACUGAAGACUCGGGCCAUGAGAGAGAUGUACCGCAGCUAUGUGGAGAUGCUGGUGAGCACAGCCCUGGACCCUGACAUGAUUCAGGCCUUGGAGGACACACAUGAUGAGCUGUACUUGCCUCCAAUGAGAAAGAUUGAUGGAAUUCUUAAUGAGCACAAGAAAAAGGUUCUCAAGCGCCUUUCCCUGAGUCCAGCCCUGCAGGAUGCCCUGCACACCUUCCCCCAGCUGCAGGUAGAGCGUGGCAGUGGUGGGGCUGGGGGAGCAGAGGGUGCCCCCGGGACAGGCUCUGGUGCUGUGCGGCUUCGGCCUGCAGGGGACCCAUAUAACCGGAAGACCCUGAGCAAGCUGAAGAGGACUGUGGCCCGAGCGCAGGAAUUCAAGGUGGAGCUGGACAAGUCAAGCUUCUAUACACUCUAUCAUGCUCUCCACCACUACAAAUACCACACGUUCCUCCGCUGCCGGGACCAGACACUGGCCAUCGAGGGAGGUGCUGAUGACCUGGGGCAGGAAGAGGUGGUACAGCAGUGUAUGAGAAAUCAGCCCUGGCUGGAACAGCUGUUUGAUUCAUUCAGUGACCUCUUGGCCCAGGCCCAGGCUCAGGCCCAAGGCCGAUGCGUGUGACCCUGAGGGCCGGGUCACUGACUUGCCCUGCUGGGUUGUAGCCCCUCCCUGCCCCCUACUCCCUUUCACUGUACAGAGAAAUUAUUUAUAUAUAUAUGUAUAAAUGUCUAUUUAGUCCCCUCCCUCCUUUGCCCUCCCCUCCUCUGCCCUCCCCCCCAUGUACAUAAUGUAUAGGAAAAGUCUAUGUAUGGGUGGGGGGGUCCAGGGAGCGUUCCUGCUUCCAAGACCUUUUCUUCAAGGGCCAUCCCCACGCAGGGGGAGGCUGUGGUGGGUGGGGCAGGGAAUCUCAGCUUGUUAAUUAUUUUUAAUCUUAUUUAUUGUACAUACCUUUGGGGAGGGCCUUAGGGGAGGGGGAAGAGAAGGGGUCUUCGCUCCGGCCCCCCUCCUUUUCUACGUCCAGCGCUUUGUGUGUGGUCCCUGGCCCACCUCGCUCCAGUUUCUGAGUGUUGUCUGAAUGUGGUUCUAUUUUUUAUCAGUCUGUCCACCCCCCCACCCCCUCCCCCACCCCUUCCUCUACCCUGUCUUUUCUCACUCUGUCUUUCUCUCGGGCUUCUAAACAAUCCACCUUGUAUACACUGUGUACACAGAACCAGCCAGGCUCCCGAACAGCAACCACUUUAUUUGCA